ACUGUAAUACUUAAAAAAAAACCGGACUAAAGACGAGUUUCAUCUAUAUCCAAGUUUAGCUCCCGCAUCACUCUAACUAUCCAAAUCCACCGAAACACAUCAAAACUCCUUUGCUUUGAUUCAGGAUCUUUGUCAACAACUCAACAUUUCAAACACAUCAAAAGGAUCCGCCAUUGAUAGAAGCAUAACAAAAAGAUGAACGAUCAAAUCAUCUCACACAAGGCUUACGCCAGAAUUGGGCUGCUGGGAAACCCAAGUGAUGUGUACUACGGCAAAACCAUCUCCAUUAGUAUCUCCAAUUUCUGGGCUUCUGUUAGUUUGGAGCCUUCUGAUCAUCUUGUCGUCAAACCCCACCAUUUUCAUGAUCUUGUUCAGUUUCAAUCUCUUCAUCAUAUGGUGGAUCGUUUAGAGAAUGAGGGUUUCUAUGGAGGGGUGCGUUUGCUUAUGGCGAUCUGCAAAAUUUUCUACAAAUACUGCAAGAAACAUUACAUUGAUCUUCAUGAGAGGAACUUUACCCUAUCGUAUGAUACAAAUAUUCCUCGGCAGACAGGACUUUCAGGUUCUAGUGCCAUUGUAUGUGCUGCCCUGAAUUGUAUGCUUGACUUUUACCAAGUCAGGCACCUGGUUAAAGUAGAGGAGAGACCUAAUCUUAUCUUGGACGCUGAAAAGGAGCUUGGCAUUGUGGCUGGUCUCCAAGACCGCGUGGCACAAGUUUAUGGAGGACUUGUUUUUAUGGACUUCAGCAAAAAUCACAUGGAUAAACUGGGACAUGGUAUUUAUACACCAAUGGAUAUCAGUCUGCUUCCUCCUCUCUACCUCAUCUAUGCUGAAAAUCCAAGUGACUCAGGAAAGGUGCAUAGUACUGUUAGAAAAAGAUGGCUAGAAGGUGAUGAAUUUAUAAGAUCAACGAUGAAUGAAGUUGCAAGUUUGGCUGUGGAGGGAAGACAAGCUUUACUGGACAAAGACUAUGAAAAAUUGGCAUCUCUGAUGAAUCACAAUUUUGACCUCCGCAGAAGUAUGUUCGGAGAUGAUGCUCUUGGGGCUAUCAAUAUAAAGAUGGUGAAGAUAGCACGGGAGGUAGGUGCUGCGUCAAAAUUCACUGGAAGUGGAGGGGCUGUGGUUGCAUUUUGCCACUGGGGACCCCAGCAAGUUGAGCUUCUGCAGGAGGCUUGUCAGAAGGCUGGUUUUAUCAUGCAGCCUGUUCAAGUUGCCUCGCCAAAUUUGAAUGACCUAGAUUUUGGAAGCUCGCAUUCUACAUGAUACAGCUUACUAUUAAAACUGUUUGCCCAAGAACACAUUCCUUCAUCAUAUUCUUCCUUUAGUUUUUACAGGCAUACAUCUACAUAAUUUUCUUGCAAUAUGCAACCACAGGCAUAACAUGUACUUAGUGAAGGUUCUUGUUUUUCAAGUCAGUGCUAUAGCUUUUAUUUGUUUUAUAUUUCAAUAAAUGCUGUAAUUUGGCUUAAACUCGAUUCCUUUUUAAUUUAA